UCAUACAAAAAAAAUGAGAACAAUCAUUUUCUAUUCAAAUCUCAUUGUUAUUGUCUUCGUUUUUCUUGUCGACCAUAGUCUUGGAGGUAUAAUUCCCAUCGUUGAUGAAGACCCUCUCAAAGUAGUUAAAGAUGAACUCGAUGGACUAGUUUUCAUCGACCAAAGACUCUCUAUUGUCUAUCCGCUAAUUAAAAAAUUCAAGAACACCAUAACGUCUGACCCCCUCAAUAUCACUGGAUCUUGGGUGGGGUCAGAUAUAUGCAACUACAGAGGGUUCUACUGCGACAACCCACCAGACAACGACACCGCCGUAACACUUGCUUCUAUUGACUUCAACGGAUUCCAGCUUACGGCUCCAAGUCUUGAUGGCUUCCUUGACCAGUUGCCUGACCUUGCACUCUUCCACGCCAACUCAAACUUCUUCUCGGGCACCAUUUCUACAAACAUAACUAAGCUUCCUUACCUUUAUGAACUUGACAUAAGCAACAACUUAUUUUCCGGGCCAUUUCCAACCCCAAUCCUUGGAAUGAACACCUUAUCGUUUCUUGAUAUCCGAUAUAAUCUCUUUACGGGGUCUAUACCACCUCAACUCUUCACAAAAGACCUAUCUCUUUUAUUCCUAAACAACAACAACUUCAUCCAAAAACUAGCCGAAAUUCUUGGCAACUCCCAUAUUCUUUACCUCACGUUAGCCAACAACAAAUUCUUCGGCCCAAUUCCUCAUUCCAUCGCUAAAUACUUGUCAGGCUUAUCUGAGGUUUUGCUACUAAACAACGCGUUAAGUGGUUGCCUUCCAUACGAGCUCGGAUUCUUAAAAGAAACCGUGGUUUUUGACGCUGGGAAUAACCUCUUAACGGGUCCAAUACCAUUUUCAUUAGGGUGUUUAAGGAAAGCCGAAGUUGUUAACUUCGCAGGGAACUUAUUGUACGGAGUGGUGCCAGAAGUGGUGUGUGCCAUACCUAGUUUAGCUAACUUUUCGUUAUCUAAUAACUAUUUCAUUCAAGUUGGCCCGAUUUGUAGAGACUUGAUAAAGAAAGGGGUGCUUGAUGUCAGCAAGAAUUGCAUACCCGGGCUGCCUGGACAAAGAUCACUUAGAGAGUGUGCUGCAUUCUUUGCAGAACCAAGAUAUUGUUCGUUUAUGCGAACGUACCAUUACCUUCCUUGUUGGUUGCCCCAUUUCAGAAGUUCUCAUAUGGAUUUAUCGGAACCGGCUCCGGCUCCUUUUUGAUUUUUCUUUUUCCUUUGUGGUCAAUAUAUA